GGCUAGGAUCAGAUCCGUUCAGAGAGCAGAGCGCAUCUCACACCUGUAGACGGCAGCUGAACAGAGGGAAACUUUCAUGCUUACUGUCGCUCACCCCGGCUGGACCUGAGUUUAUACUAACCGCUUCCGAUUCCUGCACAAACCGAGCUCAUAUUAUAGCUACUUCUAUAUUUUCCCGUUUUCAGAUCGAGUUUAAAGCGUGAAGCGCAACUUCGGGCAGCGACACUGAAGCGAUGGAGCCAUCCGUUAUCCCCGAAGCCGACAUGUCCGACCUCUACUCCAUUAACCCGUUUAAUGUCACUUUCCCUGACGAGGUGAUGGGCUUCGUUCCCGACGGGAGGAACUACACCGAGCCUAACCCGGUAAAGAGCCCCGCGGGAAUCAUCAUCGCCAUUUCCAUCACUGCUCUGUACUCCGUUAUCUGUGUGGUGGGACUCUUGGGAAACAUCCUAGUGAUGUAUGGAGUGGUCAGAUACACAAAACUGAAAACCGCCACCAAUAUCUACAUCUUCAAUUUGGCACUGGCAGAUGCUCUGGCCACUAGUACACUUCCAUUCCAGAGUGCCAAGUAUCUAAUGAACACCUGGCCUUUUGGUGAGAUUCUAUGUAAAAUUGUCAUAGCUAUUGACUACUAUAACAUGUUUACCAGUAUCUUCACCCUCACUAUGAUGAGCGUGGACCGUUAUAUUGCCGUGUGCCACCCUGUGAGAGCGCUGGAAUUUCGUACCCCCAUCAAGGCCAAAAUCAUCAAUGUGUGCAUCUGGAUUCUCUCCUCUGCUGUUGGAGUGCCAAUCAUGAUAAUGGCAGUUACCAGAGUGACAAACCAAGGUGCAACUGUCUGCAUGCUGAAGUUCCCUGAUCCAGACUGGUACUGGGACACAGUGACGAAGAUUUGUGUGUUUAUCUUUGCAUUUGUGGUACCAGUGCUAGUCAUCACAAUCUGCUAUGGUCUGAUGAUCCUACGUUUGAGAAGUGUCCGUAUUCUCUCAGGCUCAAAGGAGAAGGACAGAAACAUGCGUAGAAUCACUCGAAUGGUCUUGGUAGUGGUGGCUGCCUUCAUUAUCUGCUGGACACCCAUCCACAUCUUCAUCAUUGUCAAAACACUUGUAGACGUCAACCAGAAGAACCCCUUUGUGAUUGCCAGCUGGCACCUGUGUAUCGCACUCGGCUAUACCAACAGCAGCCUCAAUCCUGUCCUCUACGCUUUCUUGGAUGAGAAUUUCAAGAGAUGCUUUCGAGACUUCUGCCCACCCUUCCGAACCAGAGCUGACCAGAAUAGCCUUAACCGAGCAAGGAAUGCCACAAGGGAGCCUGUGUCAAUUUGUGCACCUUCAGAGACAGGAAAGAAGCCAGUAUGACUAGGCCUGGAGAGGGUCCCACGGGGGUCCCAGUCCAGAAGAGUUCAGCAGGACCUUCAAUCUGAGGUCACUCAAAUCUCCACUACUGAAUUCUAGGAACAGAAUGGAAGAGCCACUUCCUACAUCUUGGAAAGCAUACAGCUCCACAGUACUCAAUACUAUCUCAAGUUUUGCAUAUUCAGAAGAUAACCAGAGAGAUUGAGUUAAGCAGCUCCUCUCCUGCACCAUUUUUUUCUUUUUAUGUAUUGUGGAUUGGCCCCAGCAUUUCUUCGGAAGAAAUGCUAACACAAUGAUGAGCCUCUUCUGAGACCAAUGACCAAAACAGACUUUCGGGGUCCGGUGGAUUUUUCAGGGUCUGAAAUAUUACUGGUUUUGUGGACAUAACCCAAAAAUAUGGAUGAAGGACCAUUCACCUAAAGUCUGCAAAGAAUGGAUGAUUCAAUUCUCUGUGAGUGAAAAUAGCUGCUGUUACAAUCAAAAAUGAAAUCCUAGACAGGCUACAAAAGCAAAUAGUGAAGAUGGGUUCCAUUUAGAGGAAACUGAAAAAUAUUUUCAGUAGUUGAUUAUACAUUUAAUUUCCUCUAUCUCUCAGAUAUUGGACUGAAAGCGGACAAGCCUUGGGGAAAUAGAAAAAACUCAAACAAACAUGGGAAAUAGAUGUAAAAAUCUCCUCAAAUGUGGUAAACCCUAGUGAUGGAAACUCCGGGGGAAUGAUGGGAAAAUAUGUUUUGCCCCAGAACAGACUGCUGUCAGGUUGGAGAAAAGUGAAGGAAGGUAGUACGGUAUGACAUACAGACCAGAGAGUAUGUGGUUUGAACCCGAGCCUUGUGGAAAAAUAAAUAUUGAUGGAUUAUUAGCCAUUAUUGCUGAAGACCAGCUCAUGAUAUCAAACUCUGUAUCAACUGUGGCCUCCUCUCCAACUUACUCCAUAACUAUAGCCCCUGGACAAACUUAUUUUCUAAUGUUGCCGUUCUUUGUUCAAUUACAGUGAAGAGGUGUACAGACAGACAUCUGAAAUCCACCAUUUCAGGACAUUCCCAAUAAGGUUUACUUAAAGAGGAAAGUAAACCCUACUGAAGAAACACAAUAAAUUACCAUUUAAGAGUGUUGGAAUAAUGAUACAUUAAAUGUCACAUCAAAUUGCAUUAAAGUGGCUUAGCUCUGCCUUUACAAGAAAUAUUGAUUGUGUCCAGAA